UUAAAGAUUUAUGUAAUUAUUAAAUGAAAAAGCUUUAAAUCUCGUUUAAAUAACUAUGUAAUUAGUAUGUAAUAUAAUGGACGAUGAUAAUAAACAACACAUAUUGGGAUUUUCAACAAAAGAAGCUCUAAUUAGGUUACGGAAUGAUAUAGAAAGUGUGAUAAAUGAACAUAAACAGAAUACUCUUAAAGGAUUCGACUUUAUUCGUAAUAUCAUAUCAUUUUCUUCUGACAAAGUUCUCUUGUCCGGUGUUGCAUAUACUAUUAUCUCAGUGUACAUAAUAUGCUUAAUUUUGACAUAUUUAGUGGGAGAAAGUUUAUUGGCACAGUCUUAUUUACUGUGGGAAGCUUUGUUUCUUUUUAUUAUACUAGUUUUAAAUUUCCUUGUUGCAUUUAAUGAAGAAUAUAUAUACAGAAAUGAAAUUACAUUACGGGCACGCAAAGUAUUAAAAUCAUUAAAUGAAUCAAUACAACAGGCAGUGUGGAAAGAGAAUCACUAUCCACAUUUGUGUGCUCCAUUUUCUCCAUGUGUUAUCUUGCAAUGGACUUACAGAGAUGGAACAAUAGUAAAUUUACCAUGGUCACUCCUUGUGGAGGGAGAUAUAAUUGUCCUAAGACCUGGCCAGGAGGUACCAGGCCAUUGCAAAGGCCUACAAGAAGAAGAUCCUGAACUUUUCUUUGGACAGAUCUUUCAACCUGGCUCUCAGAGUAAAGAUAAUUUUAGUACACCAAGAAUACGUACACCACAUCAAAAUAAAGCUUACAAAAUGCUAGAAACUCCAUAUUUAAAGAAUUUAAAACUGGCUUUAGAUCAGGCCACAAGUAGACCAGUUACAGUAUUUGAGAAGCAAAGAUAUUUGUGCACAGUAAAAAUAAUGGAAGGCAUAGUGUUGCCACUUGUAAUAUCAAUUAUGGUGGUGGCAAGUUUCUUUCGACACAUGUACCAUUUGCCCGGCAUCACGCAUUGGACCGAGAUCUAUUUUUUGCAAACAAUUGCCGCAUCAUUACCACUUCUACAGAUUAUAUUCCCAAUUGCAUGGGUCACUCUUAAUUGUUAUGGUUUAGCAAGGUUUAAAUUAUUAUCAGAGACCCGACAAAAGUAUGUUAGACCGAAGUCCUGUUCAAUAUCCGAAGACGCUACCGAUCCCCUCAUACAGGCGCUAAGUGAAUCUAACCUGAAACCGGACAGUCUACGUUCUUUAGGGAAGACAUUCUUUAAUAUUUUACUCGGCAGAGAAGAUAUGGUUGCAAGAACAGCUAAUAUUGUUCAUGUGCUUGGAUCUUUAUCGGCUUUAUGUUGUAUAGACAAAAAAGGAAUCUUAUCAUGGCCGAAUCCGACAGCCGAAAAGGUAUUUUUCCUUCGCAAUUCCAGUCCCAUGUCUCAAAACUCUAGCAAAACAAGUCUCGUGGGCUCAAUGGAGCAUCAGAGUGAAAACACAACGGACAUGGGUGACAAUAAACAGAAUCCUGACGCUUCUACUAUUGUAGAGGUGUUAGAUUUAACGCACGAUCAAAACGCGCCAUUCCGAGUCGAGUUUGACGAGCAAAGAUGGCGGACGCACAUAGCGCGGCUCAAGCCGCUCGGAUUGGCCGCUUUGCUCAACACGUGCGCGCCCGCACCACGGCACACGUAUGCACACUUCUGCGCACAUCUUACCUGCGAAGCUCAAUAUAGCGAAGAUCUGGUGCCGGUGACGAACCGCCGUUGCCUUUGCGAGCUUGCUAAGCAAAUAGGUUUCACCGACUCUGUGGCUGAAUCUUACCAUAUCCAGGACUGCCUUGCCGUCUUCAGACAUUUGCAAGCUGAUACAAUCAGACGAGAGACUCGCUUUGUGCGUUCUUUGCACCUGAGUACGCGAGUGAAGGUACCAUUGCCGCACAUGUUGGCUGUCAUUGUUAAAGAUCAGGCCAAUCAAUUGCAAAUGCUGACACAGGGCACAGCAGAUAUAAUACUUGACUCGUGCGUUGACUACUGGAACGGUCGGGACCUCACUCCGAUAUCGCCGUCAGAUCGCAAGAAGAUUAUUGACUUCUAUCAGAGGAAUUCACUCACAGCUUACUGCACAGCGUUCGCUUACAAGCCGUUGACGCGCGGUAUCGCUCCGUCCUUGUCUCGCAUGUACCUCGAGCUGCCGGCGGACAGUCGGAGGCUGUACGCGCCUCAUUCGCAGCAGUGGGCGGACGCACCCGCGUUACAUUUCCACUCCACAGAUUCGUUAUUAUUUAAUGAAAUAACCGAUGACGACGUCAACGAUGCUGACGGAUUUUUUGACAUGCAAUGCAAUCAGGUGUUCAUAGGCAUGGUGACAAUGCAGUACCAGGCGCAGAGCGAUAUGGUGGAGUUGAUCGAGCGUCUGGAGCGCGCGUGCAUCCGCUUUGUGCACUUUAGCAAGGAGAACGAGUUGCGGUCUCGCGUCUUCAGCGAGAAGAUGGGCCUCGAGUCCGGCUGGAACUGCCACAUCUCACUUAUAAGCGACGACCCCGCGAGCAAGGGAGCGUCGCCGCUGUCGUCGCAAACCUUGCCGGCGGGCAAGGAGCGCGCCAACACUGGCUCGCAACUCGCUAGGGCCAUCAACACUUGCGAUGCCGCGCUCGGCUUCUAUAGCAACAACAUGAAUACAUCCAAGGCGCUGUCGAUGUCCGCCCCGGGGGCUAUAAAUGUAGAACACACAACUGUCAAAUUUGACAACGAGAUCAAAAAGGCCCGGCACUCGAUAACCACGCAUAGCGGCUUCAAGCGUGGAAGUGUGUCAGCGUCCCAGCAGUCGACGGACUCGCUGCUGGGCGCCGAGGGUGAGGGCGCGGAGUCGCCGCUGGACGCCUGCCGCUCGCUCUCCUGCCUCACAGACUCCACAGACCACUCCGCACCUGUCAACUUUGAUAUGAGCAACCGCGCAAAGUUGCCGCGCGGCAUAGAGAACAUUCGUCCGCACAUCGAGCAGGUGGACAACGUACCGCUGCUCGUCUCGCUCUUCACCGACUGCACCUCCAGCUCCGUGCGGCAGAUGAUACAGAUCAUGCAGGACUAUGGUGAGGUAGUAUGCGUGAUGGGUUCUGCCGCCAACUGCCUCAAUAUGGAGAUAUUCAUGCAAGCUGAUGCCAGCAUAGCCGUAGAGCCUCUGUACCCGGUGCUGUGUCAGAAGAUGCCAGCGUACCAGCUGCCGACAACAUGUGUCGGCCCCAUACAGCUCGCACGCGCUCUCAACUCUGUGCCCUGCUCGCUAUCGAUGACGCGCGACGCGGACGUGUCUCUGUUCGCGCUGAUCACGAUGUCGCGCCACUUCAUGACCUGCCUGUGGAACUCCACGCAGUUCUGGAUGUGCAGCGCGUGCUUCAUAUCACUGCUGCAGGUGGGUUCGUUCUGUUGCCUGUUGCCGCUCGCACUGAGCACGGGGGGAGCGGCGUUCGCGUCGGGUGCGGUGGCGCUGGUGUCCGCCGCGCUCGCCUUCCAGCCUGUACGUGCCGCCGUGAUGCAGCGCGCAGCCACGCGACCGCACGCUGACCUCAGCCCUAAGAUGGCGGUGUUCGUGUUCUGGUGCUACGGGUGCAAGUUCCUGCCCGCCGCCCUCUCUAUACUGGCGCUGUACGCGGUCACACUGCGCAGCUUCUGCCAACAGAUCGCUGAGGCGACGGGUGAGACAUCUUGCUGGCUGGUGUACCCUGUGAACGUGGGCAAUGUGAGCGAGGAGCGCGACCUCUCACGUCGCAGCUGGCACGGCUGGGGGGACGACUUCUACGACGGCUUCUACCUCGCGCAGCAUCUCACACUCGCACUACUCACGCUGCAUCUCAUUGUGAUAUCAAUAUCGUUCGUGGAGAGACAACGCUCCAUCUGGCAGGGCGGCUUCUGGACUAAUAAAGUGUGGAUGGCUACAGUAUUCUUGCUGGUGGUAGUUCAGGGGGUGUUCAGCUUUGCGUGUGUGGGCGGGUUCGGGGGCAGGGCGGUGGGCGGGGCGUGCGCACGGUGGGGGCUGUGCGAGCUGCGGUACGUGGUGCGGUGGCCGCUGGCACUCGCGUAUCUCGCCUCACCACUCGUUAUUCUCCUGCUCAACGAGCUCAUCAAGUGGCAGGAGAUCAAAGCUGACGUGCGCAACCAGCGUCGUGCGAGAUUGGACUUCGGCACAAAGUUAGGGAUGAACUCACCUUUCUGAGGCAUAUCUAGUCAAUUAAUGUAUUUUAAAUCAAUGACAUAUUGUAUUUAAUAUUUCCUACGACAGACGAAGUAAACGUACUUGAGUGAUAUAACAUUAAUUAUUAAGAUUAAAUGAAGCAUAUUGUACUUGAUAUGUACUUAACUAAAUAUUUUGUACUUAAUUUAUUUUGUGCCGUGAUUUUGAUAUCAAACAUUUACAAUA